UGAUCAGAUGUUUUCAGAAAGUGAUAAAGUACACAUUUACAGUAUAUUUUUGUAAGCUACAUCAAUCGUGUUUUACUUGCUUCAUCAAAAGUAAAACCAACAGUUGAAUAGCUACAGAACUUUUAAACACAAACUGCUGUUUUCUGUAUUAAUAAAAUAAUGUGAGAACUUUACAAACUGGACCAAUUAAUGGUUUGUUUGUGUGUGUGAAGGUCAGUAGAUCAUGAGGGUAUUCAGUGUGUUCACACUGCCAUCAUCAGGUUGAGCUCAGGAACUAAUCACCAGGGUUUGGAGAUGUUCACAGAUGCGCUGCUGUGAUGUUGUCUCUCGUGUCCCUUCCUUCCUCUGAAAGGCUUGAUAACACUUCUUCUUUCGCUGUCUGUGGUCAGAUGCUUUUAAACAUCAAACGAUAGAGAACAAAGUACUUUAAUAAACUCAGAGCCAGUUGAAGGUCUUUCUGUUUAUUAACAGGGAUAAUCAGCUACCUGCUAAAUCAUCCACCUGCUAUGCAAAUACUCUCUCUCUCUCUCUCACACACACACACACACACCUCCAGCACGCUACUUACUGGACUCACAUUCAAAGUUCUAGGAGACAGAUAUAGAUUUGCAUCCAAACCAGACAGCAGAGAGCUUCCUGAUGAACUGAGCACCUCAUGUAUCAUGAGUUUCUUUGAGAAGUUUAAACCAUCUCUACUACAUAGCGGACCACCAGCUCCACCCAGGAGAACAGAUAACAGUUCUGAUUAUGGCUGGCCAGAAGGGGAGUUUGAUGAAGAAGAUAGUGAUACGUAUGAAGCUCCACCAUGUGAACAUCCCACCAUUAAAGUCCAACCGCGCCAAGUAGAGAAUGUUUACCUGGGUUAUACGGAUCGAAAUCCGAACCCUGUUAUUCCCAAAAGACAGGCAGCACUGCCGCCACGGCCGGCCAAGAUCCCCCCGACAGGGAAAAGCAUGAAGCCAGAGCCGUCUCACGACCCAGAAGACUUUUACAUCGACCCCAAUGACAGCAAACCUCCUGAGGUAAUACGUAGAGAUAAACCGGGUAAAAAAGCCCCACCUAAGAGACCCCCGAUGAGACCCCCACCGGCUCCUCAGCAAGACGAAGAUGUUUACCUGGACCCAAAUGAAGGGCAGGAUGAUGAUGAUGAUGAUGAUGAUGAUACCUAUCUAGAACCUGUAGCAGAACCUCCUGCUCCCCGAAGCCUGGCUCGUAUGCCAUUGCCUCCUAAAACUGUAGGACGAGACCGGCCUCCACCAAUAAUGAAGCCUCCGGUUCCCAGAGCCAAAUCUAGUUCGGUCUUGAUCGGUGACACUGUUAACAAAGUUCUGCCGCCAGAAAUAAAACGUGCCACGCUUCCACACGCACUAAACAGCAAACCAGUUACUCCCAUCAUCCUCCCCAAAGAGCCCAAACCCAGUCCUCCUCCUCCUCCAUCUCUGGACAGCACAGCACUUUCUUUUGGAGCAAAGUCAGUCGCGCAGGGGGCGGGGCUACAGGACAAAGAGUGGUUUGCUGGAGUCUGUGAACGUAAGACUGCGGAGGAAACCGUGCUCAGGGUUAACAAGGACGGCACGUUUCUGGUCAGAUACAGCAGUUCUCAGAACGACCGUCAGCCCUUCACGCUGGUCGUGUUUUACCGGCAGAACGUGUACAACAUCCCUGUGCGCUUCCUGGAGGAUUUGCAACAGUACGUGCUCGGAAAAGAGGGCAAGAAGACAGAAGAGCUCUUCAGCAGUUUGCAGGAGAUGAUCUCUCAUCACAUGAAGAACCCCCUCCUCCUGAUCGAUCGUAAGAGUCAAGCUAAACACAGCACUCUCCUCUCACACCCCGUAAAACCGUAACGCUCUCGCCCCGUUUGAUACUGACCCUCAAA